UCUCUCACCCUCAUUGUCUCUUUCCUAAGGAGCCUGUGGAUAAAAAGACGUUUAGAGACAUAUCCUCAGAACUAGGAAUCCUAAGUUUGGAAGCUUUUUGGAGACAGGCUUUUAUUUGCACACAGUUAUGGGCCAGCUGUUCUCUUCAUCUAAGGAUGAACGCCACAGAGAUUUGGCCUCCACCUUUACCGAAUAUUUUAAAAAGUUUAAGACAGGAAACAAAAUCAUUCCUCAGGAAACCAUAGAUUCAAUUGAGUUAAGCCUGACAAAAGGAAACAUUCAGGGGGCAAACUCUUCAAUCACUGAUGCAGUAAAAGAAAUUGAUAGUACCCCACUCAAUGUUGCUGUGACUGGGGAGUCUGGAGCAGGGAAAUCUGCCUUCAUCAAUGCCCUGAGAGGGGUUGGACAUGAAGACAAAGAUGCAGCUGAAAUUGGAGUGAUAGAAACGACCAUGGAGAGACAUCCAUACAAACACCCCAAUAUUCCCAAUGUGGUUAUUUGGGACCUGCCUGGGAUUGGAACCACAAAUUUCCCACCAAAAGAUUAUCUGGAGAAAAUGAAAUUCCAUGAGUAUGACUUCUUCAUUAUUGUUUCUGCCACACGCUUUAAGAAAAAUGAUAUAGACCUCGCCAAAGCAAUCAGAAUCAUGAAGAAGGAUUUCUACUUCGUGAGAACCAAGGUGGACUCUGACUUAAACAAUGAAAAGGAAUUCAAACCACGCACAUUUAACAGAGAAAAUGUCCUGCAGCAGAUCCGCCUAAAAUGUGUGAAAACGUUUCAGGAGAAUAACAUUGAUGAACCACCAAUCUUCUUGAUCUCUAACAGAAAUUUGUCUGAUUAUGAUUUCCCAAUCCUGAUGGACAAGGUUAUGAGUGUUCUCCCUGUACACAAACGACAUGUUUUUAUGCUCUCCUUGCCUAAUAUUACAGGUGCAGCCAUUGAAAGGAAGCAACAAUCCCUGAAGCAGAGGAUCUGGCUAGAAGCCUUUGCAACUGACCUCCUGAGUAUCAUCCCUUCACUGACCCUCUUCAUGGGCAGUGAUGUGGAGAAUCUUGAGAAAAGCCUGAACUUCUAUCGAACUGUGUUUGGAGUGGAUGAUGCAUCCUUGCAGAGUUUGGCUAAGGACUGGGGAAUGUCAGUGGAUCAGCUCAAGGCAAAGAUGAAAUCUCCUAAUGUGUUCGAAACUACAAAGAAAGAAACAGUACAAGAAAGGCUUUCAAGAUAUUAUGAGGAGUUCUGUUUGGCUAAUGGGCAUUUGUUUAAUAAGAAUGUUUAUGUUAAGGAAUUAUAUUACCUAAAAUUAUAUUUUGUUGACAUGGUGACAGAUGAUGCUAAUGCUCUUCUCAAAGAGAUAUGUUCAAGAAACAACUUGAUUUCUGAUUAGGCUGAAAUAGGGUUUAUUCAGGCCUUCCAGGCUUUAUCCAUACUUAGUGAUCAUAAAUCCACAUUAGCUGUACCAAGGGGAUCAGAUAUGUGUAAAUAAGCUGAGAGCUUAAAACUAUCUACUCACUUUGAAUAAACCCUCAGGUAGAUUAAUUGCUUUUAUUUGAAUUAGUUUACUCUAAAGCAGCAUCCAUUUUUAGGUUUAACAUUGUGAUGGUUAGUGUUGUAGACAGACUUUAGAAUCACAUGGGAGAUGAACCUCUGAUCUUGCCUUUGGAGAAUUAUUUUACUUAUGUUAAUUGAGGGGAGAAGCCAUGCCCACUGUGGGGGGCACCAUUCCCUAGGUGGUGAUCUCUGACUGUGGAUGUGGAGAGAGGGGCUAAUCAACAGUAUAUAUGCAUUCAUCCAUUGUUCUCUAUUUUUUCACUGUGGGUGGAGUGGCACUACCUGCCUCCAGCUGUUGCUGUGACUUCUUGGUAAUGAUGGCCUCUGUAACCUUGAAUUUAAUACUUGUGUCCUUUCUUGAUAGAGAUACCCAAGGAAAAACCAUAACUGAGCUAGAGACAUGGCUCAGUAGAUAAAGCACUUACCUUGCAAGUCUGAAGACCUCUGUUCAGAUCCCCAGAGCCUACAUAGAGCCAGAUAAGCAUCUGUAAUCACACUCCUGUGGUGAGAUAGGAGGCAGAGAUAGAGAAUCCUGGAAGCUCUGAGGCCAGCUCACCUGCCACAUGCAGCAGUGAAUAAGAGACCCUGACACAAGGAAGUGGAAGGUAAAAAACAACACUCAUGGUUGUCCUUUGACCUCUGCACACAUGCCAUGUCAUGUUCAUGUCUGCAAUCACAUGUGCAAAUGCACACAAACAAAACUUUUAUUCUUUAGAAGAAGGAAGGUUCGGGGCAGUUGCUCAGUGGUAUAAUACUUGCCUCACAUGCAUGAGACCUUGUGUUCAAUCCCUAGCACUCUACAAAAAGAAGAAAGGGGGGAGGCUUGAAGAGUGGGCUCAGAGGUUAAGAACAUGGGCUGUUCUAGCAGAGUAUCCAGGUUCAAUUCCCACAUAAUAGAACCCACAUAGUAGCUACAGUAGCCUAUGACUCCUGUUCCAGCUGAUCUGAUACACUCUACUGACCGCCACAGAAACUAGGUACAUGUGUGGUGAACAGAUAGACAUGUGAGGCAAACAUUCAAAAUAUUUAUGUUCAAAUAAAUAGAAAGAGAGAAACAAUGACCAUAGAGAUCACAAUAGACUUAAUAAUAACUAAAAAAUUCCUAAAAAUUCUAGUCAGCAUCCUUGAGAAAAUACUAAAGAAGCCUCUAAUUCUGUGCCAGAACCAGUGAAGAUGGAGAGAUUUUUAUACCUUUUAUUGAUAGGUUUUUGAAUGUUGUGAUUACUAAAUGACUGAUUUACUUGAUAUCAAUAUCAAAAGCCAUUUAAUAAAUUUUUUAUUAAAAAGACAUUUGUUGCUGCUUGACAUUCCCAAGAACCCAGAACAACUUCACAGUGACUGUCUUUAAUUGCUAUUAUUGACUGAUUAUCUCAUUGCCCAUUCCCUGGCCUACUUUCUUUCUUGAAAUAAAAUACAAGUAAAUAGUACAUGUGUUAGUAAGACUGAAAGAGAGACCCAGAGGAAAGGAAAGAAUUAUUCAUGGUCAGGAGUGGUUUCUUAAAAUUUGGGCUGCUAUAAUCCUAUAGACUAUGUGGAUUAAACAAUAGAAUUUUGUUCUCGAACUUCUAGUGACUGAUGUAUGAGAUCCAGGUACCAGUGUAGCCAUACCCUCAGUGAAAGCAUUCUUCUUAAUAAUGCCUCUCUCACAUGGUCUGCCUUGGUGUAUGUGUGCGGAGAAUGAUACCCUUUCACUUCAUCUCACGAUCCUAUCAUUUGGACUCCAUUUCCAUGACCUAGUCUAACCACAGAUGCCUCCCAAAGCCUUUCCUCCUAACAUGAUCCCUUGAGGAGUUGGGCUAUGAUUUCACAAAGGAAAACAGUCUAUAACAGGUUAUGUAAAUUAUGCAUAAACUUAAGUUGCUUUCUUAAUGGAAGCUAUGGCACUCAAAUACCAACACCAAAUACUCCAAAGUAUUUUUACCAUAAACUGAGAUGCAGACUUCUCAAAAAAAAAAAAAUUGCUAAGGAGAGACACGAGACAACCCCUUCUCCUCUUAAGAAAUAAAACCUAACAACAAGCAGACUUUGUUUGCUGAGGAUAUUUGAGAAUGUUAGAAUACAGUGCACAUGAAAGAAAAUUAUUGAAAAUGGAGGCUCCAGGUGGCCAGGUCAAAAAGGAAACAAAGCACCUUGCAUAAAGUCCUUUUGAUUCCCAGCCUGCACUUGUUUGAAAGUGGCAAGUUGUUGUGCCCCAUAAGGCCUGGGUGUGAGGCCCAGUGUAACUUCCUGAGCCUGGCUCGAGUUUGGCAACCUGUCCUGGGACGUGACUUCCACCUACAAGUGACUCAGCACUACCCAAUCUAGAAUCACCUCUGCCUAGUAACUGCUGAGAUGGCAUCAUCUCAUUGGCCUGCUAUCCUCACCCCAUCCCCCUAUUACCCCAACCUAUAUAAAUUCACUCCUGAUGCAAUAAAGCAAGUUCCUGCUUCGAAAA